AUGUCGAGUGAUUUGGUGGACACGGUCCCCCGAAUGGAGUAUGUGGAUCGCCACGAGUUGCUCCGGUCUCUCUUGACGGCGGAGGAGUUCCGGGAGCGGCGGCAGGAGCAGCUCAACUACAGCACCACCGUUUACGUGGGCAACUUGUCCUUCUACACGACGGAGGAGCAGGUGUGCAAUCACUUCAGUCCUUGUGGACACAUCCGCGAUAUCGUGAUGGGCCUCAACGAGGCGACACGCUGCCCAUGCGGGUUUUGCUUUGUCGUGUUCGAGUCACAGGCGGCCGCGGUACUGGCGGUGCACGGACUCGACGGGUCACUGCUGGACGACCGCGUCGUGUCCGUUAGCUGGGAUGUGGGCUGCGACGGGAGUCGCCGCUGGGGCCGUGGCGCUCACGGCGGCCAAGUGGUAGACGGCGUUCGCCAAAACCUCGACGAGGGUCGCGGUGGCUUGGGCGCCCUGCGGCGCGACGCGCUGGGCGUGCCUGCCUCGACCGCGGAGGACGAGCUGGUUGCCUACGAUUGGGUAGAAGCCUCACCGAAGCGCAGAGGUGCCCACACAAAGUAG